CUACAUAAUAACCGGAUGUCUCGCUACAACCCACUGAAGGCUAAGUCAUUCAAAUCGGAAGACUACCGCGAAUCUCUUUCUCACCUGGAAGUCUGUGAAUGACUCUUCCGGAUUUGUCAGCAAAAGAAUCGGAUGCCUCAAGAAAAGAUCGGAACUCUCAGAAGCGGACAAGUCCUAUUGUUCGGAUCUUGCAGUUGUUGAAGAAGCGUGACCUUCGAAGGAACAACAAAGCCAACACGAGUGCAGUAGCAACUUUGGCCUUGCGAAGAUAUACCGUGCAGAAACUCACACAAGUGAAACCUGGUCAUUGGGAGGCAGCGUGCCCGUACCCAAAGGUGGAGAAGUACGGAGAAAGAGAAAGGAACGAAAAGAAGAAGAAAGCAAUGGUUGCAGCUGAAAGUGACGAGUCAUCUAGCUCAAGCUCGGAUGAAGAAGCCCUCGUUUGCAUGGAGCGCAGAGCUGAGAAGUCCAACCAUGAGGAUCGGUGGACUAUGUCAGAAGAUGACACCCUCUGCCUUAUGGCCAAAGAUGAUGCCGAACAAGAGGUAACCUCACAAACCUCCUGCUCAUCUUCCUGUGAAAGCAUACCAACUUCUGAAAGUCUUUUUGACAAGUUCAAAAAGAUGAUGAAAGAUUUUGAGGAAAUAAAUCUCAAACACUCAUCCUUAACAGAAGAGAACAAGCUAUUGAGUGAAGAGAAUCUCAAGUUGACUGAAGGUCGGAAAAGUCAACUAGAUGAGAUCACUCAGCUCAACACUGAAAAUAAAUCUCUCUCUGAAAAGGUGAAAUCCCUCAACAAGGAGCUUGGGAUACUUAAGUCCAAAGAAGCAGUGGAUAAGCUUCUUGAAGCGACUAAACAAAAGGGUCGUGAAGGACUUGGGUUUGACCCCUCCAAUUCCAAAAGGAAAGGGAGAACAACUUUCAUCCCUCCUAAACCUACUGCCAAAUCCAAUAAGCAGAAAGGAAAGGAAAAGGAGAAACCCACAGAAGUUCCCAAAAAGGAAGCCGCUAAGUACCCAGGUGUCUGGUACUUAGACAGUGGCUGUUCAAGACACAUGACGGGUGAUGCGAGCCUCUUGAGCAAUCUAAUUCCCUAUGAUGGUCCAAGAGUUACUUUUGGAGGAAGCAUUGACUUUGGCCUUACUAAAGGGCUAGGAAAUGUGGUGUACAAGGGACUAACAAUCCAAGCUGUAUCUUAUGUGGAAGGUCUCAAUUAUAACCUUCUGAGCAUAAGUCAUUUUUGUGAUAAAGGUUACUCCUUGGAAUUCUGUAAGGACAUGGCAUCUCUCAAAAACAUCUCCACAAAUGAAGUCAUUCUCACUGGGAAGAGAAUCAGAAACAUCUAUGAAGUAAUAUGGGACGAUGUCAAGGAAGCAUGCCUAAUCAGCAAAGUUCUUGAAUUCUACAAGAAUGGAAAGGUCAAGACUGUCAAAUCGAAGAAGGACCCACAGAGGACGAUUCAAGUCAUCAAGUCCACUGUUGGAGGAACUGAAGUGAAGCUCUCUCAGAAGAAAUUGGGAGAAAAGCUUCACCUUCCCAAUUCUGGAGUUGAAAUUGGGAGACUUCCAGCCAAGAAUCUGGAUUGGAAUAUUAUUGGAAUUUCUGGGCAAGUUCCCUCUGGCCCAGCAACGAAAGCUGAUCUAAACAACGACUACAAGCUAGUCCUUGAACUGGUCAUCGCAUGCCUCGAGUGUGGAAGUGGAGGACAUGCCGAUGACAUCACCCAAGAGAGGGCCUUUGUAACGACCCAAAAACCGGCUUAGUAGUUAGCCGUAAUUUUAAUAAAAAAAUAAAUAUAAUAUUUAUUUACUCUAAAAUAUGGAUUAUUGGUAAAGUUAUCCGUUUUAAAUGAAAAUUGGGUUUUCGG